AUGGCCCCCUCAGCCUCGUCCAACACUCCUGGCUUCGGCAGCUUCCAGAGACAUCUCUCCACUGAACCUGUCGAUUCCUCUACUCAGUACCUAGUCUCUCUUUUGAAAAGACGCCAAAUCAAAGGCUCCAAGCGCUGUGCCGUCGCUACCACUCUUCUUCUCCUCCGCACCGUUGAAUUGACAAAGCAACCCGACUCCGCCAGACUGAUCCAGAGGGUCUCCGAGGUCGGCAAAAAAUUGAUAAAUGCUGCUCCUCAUGAACCAGCCGUGGGAAAUAUUGUCCGUCGUGUUUUGGGCUUAAUACGAGAAGAGGAUGAAGAUGACCAGCCCGGUGUGAAGGGUGAUUACAGCGCCACAGCCAGUGAACCCGACUCGGACGCUGUCACUCCCCUCGAACGCCCUGGAAGCCAAUCAAAGUCCCUCUCGCAUGCAUUACCCAACGGCUUCUUCACCAGAGCCGAUACCAGCGUUGGCUCCUCGCCCUCACAUGCAGGUGUUGGCCCUCCUCGGCCUCCCUUGAUGAGCUCACACACUGGAGCCCCAGGAAGUGCUCGCCCAGUCACCUCGAUGUUCAGCAUACUUGCUCACCCAACCAUGAGACAUGGUGGGCUCGACUCACCCGGAAGAAGCGGCACAUCCACCCCUCAAAUUGCCUCAGGUAUUCUCCAAAACCUCCGGCCGGAAGUCAUCAAGGGCAUCAAGGAAAUCAUCGACGAGAUCAACGAAGCCGACGAUGAAAUCUGUGGUGCCGCUCUCGAACAAAUCCACCCCCAAGAAACAAUAUUUACCUAUUCAUCCUCACUGACCGUCCAACGGUUCCUCCUCAAAGCCGCCUCCAAGCGCAAAUUCACGGUCAUCCAUGCAGAAUCAUACCCCAAUAACCAUGUCAGAACCCACGGCCUGUUGACGGGAAAUCAAGGCUUCUCUUCCAGUCCUGCUAGUGCUGAAGACGACGAAAAUCUCCCCAGUGACUCCUUCUCUAAACCACUAACUUCAGCAGGCAUCACAGUCGUCAUGAUCCCGGACUCCGCUACCUUCGCCGUCAUGUCACGUGCCAAUAAAGUCAUACUGGAUACACAUGCCGUCCUGACAAAUGGAUCACUCGUAGCCGUGGCUGGCACCAAGGCCGUGAUCAAAGCAGCCAAAUUUCACCGUGUGCCAGUCCUAGUGUUGGCCGCGACCUACAAACUAUCACCUCUGUAUCCCCACGACCCCUACAACCUCAUUGCAUACGGCGAGGUGGGCAAGGUGGUUCCGUAUCAAGACGGCGAGCUACGCUCUGGCUUGGACUCUGGCGUCAGGAAUCCUCUAUAUGACUUCGUUGAGGCCGGCGAUGUUGACUUGUUCAUCACGAACCAGGUCCCAGCGGUGGUCAGCUCGGCUUAUCUUUACAGAGUCGUCCGGGAUCAAUAUCGGGAUGAGGACUUAGAGCUGUAG